UCAACAUGGAUGCGCCCAUGAAACGGAUAAUGCAUUACAUGGUGGUUGUGGUAGCAUUGCUGCUGUCACUGGGUCUAUCUACAACAGAAGCUGUGAGAAGAAACAAACCAGUAAUCGUCUCCCUAGAUGCAAAGUGGGCUUGCACAUCAUUCAUCCUGGAAACUAGUGAAUUUUUGGCACAUGUGAAUCCUGCUACAUUCUGGAAAUUUGUGGAUGAAGUUUCUGAAAGAGAGAUAUCCAUUGAGAAUUUGACAGAAAAGGAACAAUAUGAAUUGGCAUUAGAAAUUGCAGGAGCCCUUCUCUCACCUGCUCAACUGAAUCUGCUGAAGUUGUCAUUGUCUAUAAGAGAAUUCUCCGCAACUAUAGAAAUGUAUAAACAGAUUUCUAAAGACAGAGUUUUGCCAGAGGCCUGUGAUGCAGUUGUAGACAUCAAUGGUGCAUUAAGUUGUAAGCCAGCUGAGAUUAUCCAGAUGAUCGAUAAUGCUAAAAAGGAGAAACCUGCAACCUAUAAAAUAGAUCAUUACUAUCCGGCUAGUGAAGAGAAUGAGCCAGUCGCCAUACUUUAUGGAGAGCUAGGUACUCCUUCAUUUAAAGAUUUUCACAAAAUGCUCAGACAGGCAGCAAUGGAUGGCUCGACUGCAUAUAUCCUAAGACAUUAUACAAAGCCACAGAAUGAGGCUCCCAAAAAAACUAGGCUGGCUGGAUAUGGGGUAGAACUGGAUAUCAAAAGUACAGAGUACAAAGCACAAGAUGACACAAAAGUAGAGGGAGAGGAAACAGCAGAAGAUGAAGAUGAAGAUGAGGAAGAAGAUGUUGAGGGAUUCAUAUUUUCUAAGUUGAAGAGUUUACAUCCAGAGAGGAAAGAUGACCUAGCUAAGUUGAAAUCACACCUGAUAGAAUCAAAUCUGCAGAUGGCACCACUAAAGGUUUGGCAGCUCCAAGAUCUGAGCUUUCAGGCAGCACAGACAGUGUUGUCCUCUCCAAAGGAAGAAGCUCUCACUAUGCUACGUAGCAUCAGUCAGAAUUUUCCGACAGUGGCACGUUCUCUGGUCAGGACCCAGGUGCCUGCCCAACUGAAGAAUGAAGUUAAGGAGAACCAGCAGAGCUUUGAAAACUACCAUGGCAUCAUGCCAGGAGAUUCAGCGAUGUUUCUCAAUGGACUCUCACUAGACCUCGAAGUUGUUGACAUAUUCACGAUCCAGGAUGUACUGCGUGAUGAGCUAUACACGAUGGAGGGUCUGUGGGCUCUAGGACUUAGAGUGUUUCUGUUGGACCCAUCUGAGGCAAGAAGUAAAGACUUGAUGUUGCUUGCUGAGACAUUCUAUGUUCACAAGGCUCCUACAAGGAUAGGUCUGGUGCUUGUAGUGAACACAGAUCCUACAGUGAAAGGCCGAAAUAAUGCCGGAGUUGCCGCUCUGGAGGCUUUUAAUUGGAUCAGUAAAAACAAGAAUGUACAUGAAGGCCUUACCUUCCUCAAUGAGCUUCAUGCGAGCACUGAUGCUGGUAGUAACAUUGAAGUAAAGGAUAUCGUCAAGUUACUCCUUACCAAGUAUAACCUGGAGGAUAUGGAUCCUAUCUUUGGUGAUGAUUCGGAAUAUGAUUACAAUAGAGAGUUUGGUAUGAAGUUUCUGGAAGGCACCGGACUGGCACACACACCACAGGCACUCAUGAAUGGUCUUGUCAUCGAUGAAAACUCUAUGGAUAAAGACUCGUUCGAAGAUGCAAUGCUAGCAAAGAUGAUGGCAGCAACACCAGAGAUUCAAAGGGCCAUUUAUAUGGGGGAACUUGUGGACAGUGACAAUGUGGUGGAGUUUCUCAUGACUCGUGAUCAUGUAUUACCGAGAAUCAACAAAUAUAUUCUGAAAACAGAAGGAAAAUACCUUGACUUCAGUGGUUCCGCAGAUGAGGCAGCGAGGACUGAUGCAAUAGCAUUCUCUAGCUUAUCUACAAGGGAUAUGACAGUCACAAUGUCUGAGAUACAGAACUACAUGACUAGGAAGGGAGACCCAUUUCUCCGCUCUGUUACUAUCUGGGUGGUUGGUGAUUUAGAAAGAGCCAAGGGCAGAGAACUGCUUGCAGCUGCAAUCAAACAUAUGAGGACAUCAAAUGACAUCAGGUUGGGUGUGGUGCACAAUCCCAAGAAGAAGGGUAAAGCACCGAGCAUGCUCGUGCGAUCAAUUGAGGCAGCUCUGGCCACACUUAGUCAUCAACACUGUAAGCUGUUUAUCAACAAACUCUUAAAGGAAGAGAAUGCUGCACAGGUCAUCACUGGAAAGAUGGCACCAUCAGAGUUGGAAGUAGGGGGCAUGGACACGGCCAUGUUCCAAAGCUAUCUAGAAAGCAUGAGCGAUGAUUUCAUAAACAUCCACCAGACGUUCAGUACGCAGGUGCUUGGUUUCACACCUGGUGACAUCGGUGUGAUUGUGAACGGCAAGGUUGUUGGACCGCUGAGCGUCGGUGAGAAAUUCUUAGAGGGCGACUUUGCGCUGCUAGAAACGCACACGUAUAAAGCAUCUGCUUCGAAGAUAAGAAGUAAGGUCAAGUACAUGAAGAGUGUCGAGGAAAAUGGCGACGAAAUCGGCAGCGACCUCAUCAUGAAGAUCAGCGCCAUCUGCCUGCAGAAGGAGCAGACGCGCACGCGGCAGACGGUGCGGCACACGGGGUCCGAACAUAGCACGCUGGAGAUCGCCGCCGCUGACGCGGGGGCGCCGGCGUUUGACGUCGUCGCGAUCGUGGAUCCGGCAUCGCGCGCCGCGCAGCCGCUCUCGCACCUGCUCCUCGUGCUGCAGUCGGCGCUCAACGCCAACGUCCACGUGCUCAUGAACUGCCGCGCGAUGCUCUCCGAGAUGCCCGUGCGCAGCUUCUUCCGCUACGUGCUCGACGCCGAGCCAGGGUUCACGGCGAGCGGUGAGCGCGCACGCGGGCCGCUCGCGCGAUUCACCGAGCUGCCGCACAAUGUGCUGCUGACGCUCAACAUGAAGGUGCCGGAGAGCUGGCUCGUCGCGUCGGUGCGCGCGAGGCACGACCUCGACAACAUACGACUCGAGGACACGGAGGCGGGCGUCACGGGCGAGUACGAGCUCGAGUACUUGCUGCUAGAAGGUCACUGUUACGACAAGACAACAAGCCAACCUCCCAGAGGGCUGCAGUUCACACUAGGCACCAAGGCAAACCCUGUUUUGUUUGACACCAUCGUCAUGGCAAACCUCGGGUACUUCCAGCUCAAAGCAAAGCCAGGGGCAUGGAUGCUACGGUUGAGAGAUGGCAGGUCGUCUGACAUAUACACUAUAUCAGAUCAUUAUGGUACGGACUCCCCGCGCAAUUCAAGUGAUGUUAUCACACUGAUGGACAGCUUCAAAAGCAAGAUCAUCAAGGUGAGAGUACAGAAGCAAGCCGGCAAGGAGAAUGAAGAUUUGCUCAAGGAAGAAGGCGAUGAUGAUUCAGCGAGUAUUUGGAGCUCUAUAUCAAACACCCUUAGUGGCGAGAAGAAAAAAGAGGAAGAGAAGGAUCAGACGUUAAACAUAUUUUCUAUUGCAUCUGGACAUCUAUACGAAAGAUUUCUAAGGUUGAUGGUACUUAGUGUCAUGAAGCAUACCAACAGUAAUGUGAAAUUCUGGUUCCUAAAAAAUUACCUGUCUCCCCAGUUUAAGGAGUCCAUUUCCUACAUGGCAAAUGAGUAUGGAUUUGAAUAUGAGCUGGUGACAUACAAAUGGCCUCGCUGGUUACACCAGCAGACCGAAAAACAGAGGAAGAUUUGGGGGUACAAGAUUUUGUUUCUCGAUGUCUUAUUCCCACUAAACGUAAAGAAGAUAAUUUUCGUUGAUGCGGACCAGAUUGUCCGUGCUGAUCUUCAGGACCUAGCUGACCUGGACCUUGGUGGGGCUCCAUAUGGUUACACACCAUUCUGUGAUAGUCGCAGAGACAUGGAUGGGUUUAGGUUUUGGAAGUCUGGGUAUUGGGCUAGUCAUUUAGGGCACCGCAGGUAUCACAUCAGUGCAUUAUAUGUGAUAGAUCUCAAAAGGUUCCGCAAGAUAGCAGCUGGUGAUCGGCUUAGGGGCCAGUAUCAAGGGCUAAGUCAAGAUCCCAACAGUUUGUCAAACUUGGAUCAGGAUUUGCCUAACAACAUGAUUCAUCAGGUGGCAAUUAAGUCGCUUCCGCAGGAGUGGCUGUGGUGUGAAACGUGGUGCGAUGACUCUUCAAAGAAAUAUGCAAAAACUAUAGAUUUGUGUAAUAACCCAAAGACCAAAGAGCCUAAACUGGACAGUGCCAAGAGAAUCGUUCCAGAGUGGACAGAAUAUGACAACGAAAUUGCAACCUUGUUAGAGAAAUUCCAUGAGGAGCAAGGUUCUAGUAGUAAAGUCAAUGCCAUUUUAGAUGAGAAGUCCACUGCAUCUAAACAGAAGCCGGUGCACGUGCACACUGACUUGUAACAGAAGAACUGCUACCGUAUCAGCCAUCAUGACGGUCCUGCCAUGAGUUGUCAAUCAUUACUGUCAGGUUACCGGUGUUCACUUUAGGAAAAAUCGUAUUGCCAUUUAGAGUCAUUCCCCUACAACACUGCGUGGAAUCAUUAAGUUUGGCUAGAAGACAUGCAAUAGCCAAGCCACAGUUUCUCGACCAUAACAAGAUUUAAAAACCUAUAUAUAAAUGAAAAAAUGUUCUAAGAAAAGUAUAUAAUUAUAGCUACUCAGCAUGGCAUGAAGCCAGUUCUGCUGUAUAAUUUUAAUUACCACAUUUGCUCAUGAAGAAGGCAAUCAAUCAUUUCUCAUUUCCCAGUUCUGAGGGUCAUGCAGGUUGAGGAGCAACAAGGCAUUACAUAAUAAUUCCUUAUAAUGUUGUAAAUUUAUACUAUUUGGGACUAUGAUCAGAAUAUUUUGCCAUAUAGCCCUGUUAUUUAUUAAGGGUUGCUGCACAGGUGUUUAUCCCCCAAAUCCUUCGUAAUGUUAUUAUGGGCGCGAGUAUAUAAUUGUGACGUGUUUGGUAUUAUUGGGUCAGUGUGAUUAGUCAGAUUAUUAGUUUCUGCAUUUCGUGGAAAUGUUCGUAAAUGUUGCUGUAUGCCACCACACAUUCACUAGAAAAUGUUUGCAUACCUCUCAAAACUGUUCGUCAGUGUUUGUGUGCAUGACCUCAAGCCUGUUUAAUCAUUGCGAGCAAAAUUAUCGUAAGAAAUCAUGUGUAAUUAUUGGCACUUUUCAGUCAUGAAACCUGAUACGUUGUUAGUCGUCUGCAUUAAUUGUUCCUGUAUGAAUGCUAAUGUGGUAUAAUGGUGGUUGGUGACUUCGGGAGGAAGGAUCCUAUGUGAUCUCUAUUUAUGUUGGUGAUGUCAAUAUUUUUCUGGGGAGUUUAGUGUGAUCUUGCAUCUCGUUUUUCAAGGGAUAUGUCUUGUACAUAAUCAGCAAAGAAAUUGAUAAUGAAAUUUUAACUUCA